AUGGGGCUGGAAGAGCUCAGGCACAAGUGGAUGUUGGCCAACGACGCGGGGAACAUGGAAGAGGAGAUGUCCGUAAGCACAGAAAUAGAUCUGAGCGAGAACAGAGGCAUCAAACCCAUCACUAUUCCUCAAGCUGCCUUGGACCUCAAGAGGACAUUCAGAGACACCUUGAAAGCCACGGACUCUUCGAUAGCUUCAGAGGAGCAGCAGCAGCAGUUGCGGAAGAUGGUCCCCAUCGUCCUCCUGGAGGAGGUGAACCUGCACCCCAAGGCGACGAAGCGGCCCCGGGGGAAGCCAUUCAAGAAGAAAUCCAUGCUCCCUUCCCGGGAAUUCAUGAUGGAAGAGCCCCUUCCCUUGGAUAUGCUCCUACUGGAUUCUCCUCUGGAGGGUCCUCUGGAGCUUGAUGACCUUUUGGACUCCGAUUCGCCCAUGCUGAAGAAUGAGGAGAGGAAAUGUCCCUACUGCCCAGACAGAUUUCACAACGGGAUCGGGCUGGCGAACCACGUGCGGGGCCACCUCAACAGGGUGGGGGUGAGCUACAACGUCCGUCAUUUCAUCUCGGCGGAAGAAGUGAAAGCUAUUGAGCAAAAAUUUUCCUUCCAAAAGAAGAAGAAAAAAGUUGCAAACUUUGACCCGAGUACUUUCAGCCUGAUGCGAUGCGAAUUCUGCGGGGCCGGUUUCGACACGCGAGCGGGUCUCUCCAGCCAUGCCAGAGCCCACCUGAGAGACUUUGGUAUUACCAACUGGGAACUCACCAUCUCACCCAUUAAUAUCCUGAAGGAGCUGUUGGCCAACUCAUCAGAGCAUCCGAUGCUGCAAGCGGCGAUGGGAGCGGAGCCCUCAUCCCCAAGCCGAGAGAGGGAAGCUCACGGCUUCAUGCCCCGCAAGAGCAUGACCCCCAUGUCUGAGUGCAGCAUUCCACGGUCUCCUCUGUCCCCGUUCCCCCCUUCCUGGGGAGAUGAGUCCCUGCAGUCCUACAGAGACG